AUGCAAGAUAUGGCCUCAUCGUUGUCCCUCAUCCAAGGCCCCUCCGAGCCAGCACUCAUUCCGUUCUCCAUUGGUCAAUUGCUCAACCACCAGGCAACCAAGUACCCUGCCCGCGAAGCUGUCGUCUUCCCAACCGAAGGUGUCCGGUACACCUACCAUGAGCUGAACUCCCGUGUUCAGUCUGUCUCCAAAGCUCUUCUGGCGCACGGAGUUCUCGCAGGAGAUCGAAUUGGUAUCUUUUCGGGCAACUGUGUACAAUAUGUAGAGGUAUUUCUAGCGGCAACGCGGAUCGGGGCUGUGACAGUGCUACUCAACACCGCGUAUUCCUCUAUAGAAUGUCAGAAUGUGUUAAAGGAGACCGGAUGCUCGAUGCUUUUCACUUCAUCGCAUAUCGGCAAUCGGGAUCUAGCAUCAUAUCUGGAAGACAUUAAGGUAUUGAUGGAGAAGGACGAAGUUCCGGGUCUGAAGGAGAUCAUCCUAUUUCGGUCACAUGGUCCAAUUUCAGAGUACCGGCUCUAUGAAGACUUCGUCAUUCACGCGAGUCGGACGCCGGAGAUCAGUAUGAGCGAUGACGUGGACAGUGACCGGACAUGUACAUUUCAAUUCACCAGUGGCACCACCGGAGCGCCGAAGAUUGCCAUGCUGACUCACAGCAACGUAAUUAACAACAGUAACCUAAUCGGCCACCGUCUACAACUAACACCCGAGGACGUCGUCUGCUGUCCUUAUCCUCUCUUCCAUAUAUCCGGCCUUGUGAUUGGUCUUCUCUCUUGCCUUACGCAUGGAGCCACGGUUGUGUACCCGUCAUCAACAUUCGAUCCUACAGCAGUGCUCCAAUCUAUCAUCCAGGAAAAGUGCACGGGUCUCCAUGGAGUGCCGACUAUCUUCAUUGCUCUCUUGGAGAGAUACCGCCAUCUCAAUCUUGGUUCAAUCCACAUCCGAACCGGUCUGAUUGGAGGUGCUCCAAUCCCAGCUGCGCUGAUCAAAGACAUGCAAAGAGUAUUUGGGUUCGAAGAUCUGACAGUGGCUUAUGGAAUGACCGAAACAUCGCCUAUCAGUUUCAUGUCCCGGGCCUCGAGUCAGCCAGAAGAUGGCGUUGUGAUCCAUAAGGCCUUGCUCCCCCACACAUCAGCCAAGAUUAUCGACGUAGCAGGAAAGAUUGUUCCUCGAGGGGUCCGUGGGGAGCUAUGCAUAGCGGGUUAUCUAGUCCAGAAAGGGUAUUACAAAAAUCUGGAGAAGACCGCAGAGGCCCUCAAAGCAGACGCGUCGGGUAUUGUUUGGAUGCAUUCAGGGGAUGUGGCACUCAUCAAUGACGAUGGUCACUGUUUGAUCACGGGGAGGAUCAAAGAUAUCAUCAUCCGCGGGGCGGAGAACAUCUAUCCCGCGGAGAUCGAAGAACGCCUGAACGAGCAUCCUGCUAUCUCACAAACUUGUGUCGUUGGAGUCGAACACCAGAGUCUGGGAGAAGAAGUAGCAGCUCUUCUUCAGCCGGCGCUAGAUCAGGCCCGCCCAUCGCACCGGGAGAUCAUAGACUGGGUACAGACGACUCUAGGGUCCCAGAAAUCGCCGUCUUGGAUACUCUGGCUAGGGGACCAAGGCAUCCCCACUGCAUUUCCCGUCACCGAAAGUGGGAAGAUCAAGAGGUCAGUAGUGGCGGAACUGAGUAACCAGUUGCUUGCGAAGAGAAUGCCGUCGGGGUAA